AUGCCAAUGAUGGACCCGCUUCCUCAUGCUCCAUCCCUUCUUCCUCGUCGAACACCAUGGAGAGACCCUGCAUCUUCCCCUGGUCGACUCAGUCUACCUAGUUUUCCUGCUCAUGCCACUACACCAUCGGAGUCUCAAGGGUAUGUUUCGCCCGCUACACCUCCCAGUCAACUCCCUGCAGCCGAUUCCUCCCCUGGCAUCAACCACGAGCGGAGCUUCAGAAUUCAACAAAACGACAACUAUGGUGUCAAGAACAAAGACAUAAGAGAUGCGGCAUACGGAAAAUUUGGCAGAGCCAGGCAAGCAGAAGUUGGAAGGCCUGGUAGAGGUGGAGAUGGGGAAGAAGUUGGACUAACUAGAGGUAUUCCACCUCCAGCAACCCCACUUCUACAAAUCUCACAAGGAGCGUAUGACACUCCAGGUCGUCACCCUCGAUACGAGACUCCAGGACGCCCAUAUGACACACCGGUACCUCGAUAUCAGACCACCAUCGGCCAAGCUCGAUUUGACGCUCCAGCAGAUGGUCCCGAAUACGUCAGUCCAAGAGAGGUGGACCCGUAUUUCAACCCGGUAUUAAGGAUCACUUCGAAGCUUCCCCCCGGACAAUUGCAGAGUUCAGGACAAGGCGGAGGAGGGAAAAAGGGACAGGGAAAGAAGACUGAUGGCAAACAACCGACAUUUCUCACAAAGUUAUAUGCUAUUCUGGAACAACCAGAAUAUCAUCAUUUGCUCCUGUCAUAUACGAUGUCAGACCAAAGUCUGUCGAUCCGCUUGACAAGUGGGGGAGCACGGCUCCUGUCUUUGAGCGGGAUGUGGACAGAUGGUGCGGAUCCAUAUGAAGGAAUAAUGCGGAUAGCGGAAACAUUAUCCGCUUGCAUAUCUUCCGAUACCAUACUGUAUCCUUCGGGGAUCACUUCGUUCGCCUGUGCGGAUCAUACUUCGGUCUCUAUCGUGCACGAGAUCAUCCGGUGGGACAAAGAUGAAUCGACGAUAAUCAUUGAGAAACCUGAAGAAUUGGCGGAUAAGAUUUUACCUUUGGUUUAUAAACAAAGCAGGUUUGCUAGUUUUUCUCGACAACUCAACAUCUAUGGAUGGAUGCGCAAGGUCAGUCUGCGUCAUGUGGAGAAAGGUAUCAAUGAUCCAGAUGCUAGUACAUGGUCUGUUCGAUAUCAGCGUUCGAUCCCGUUGAGGCCAUCCCGACUUUGCUCGCUUUCUUAUCAAGAAUUGGAAGUUUUGUUAUUAACCUCAGCUCAUCCAUUCCUCCGACGUACCUCGACGCAAGCUGAGAUACUCGGUUUCAAACGUCGAGUACCACCACGACCUUCUCAAGCCAAGAAACGUCAACAAUCUUCUCCUCAAAAUGAAGAUCUUUCUUCCGACUCUGACGACUAUACAUCUCCUCCCGAUGCUUAUCAUCAUCAUCUCAUGUCCGAUCUCGAACCUCCUCGUCGACGAAAUGGUCGUUUGUCUUCCUCCUCCCCUCCCUUAAUUCGACCAGGUUCAAUCAACAAUAACAGAAAUCCCCUUCCUCGUUACUCCGUCCAGGGAAAGAUCGACCAAGAAGUCGAAGUUGAAACUCCCGUCCAACGUGCUGAUUCCCCAUUGGACGAAUUCAAUAUCGCCUAUAAACGAAUCACCUCCGGUAGAGCUUUACCAGUUCCACUAGGAGUUGGAACUCCGGCUAUUUUCCAUACUCUUUUACCUUUCCAUCAAUCUGAUCCUUAUCAACAUAACCAAACUUCCUCACAACAAUCAGAAAUACAACCUUCCAGUGCACCAGUUUCCGGUGGAUUCCUUCAUAAUCCAACCGUGAGACAAAUGCAUCUUCGAACUCGUUCUGUUCAAGCUGAACCUUCUUCUGCUACUCUCUAUUCUCCAUCUUCUUCAUCUAUUUCCCUUUCUCCAAGUUUCCCACAAGUUGAGGACGUACAAGAACAAAAGAAUAAACCAUACGACCUUACACAUCCAUCAACUUGGACAAGAACAGGUUUCACAGAUUUCGGUGGACAUACUUAUACACCUCUCAAUAAUAGAGGAAACCUUCAUAUCACUCUUCCACCUACACAAGUACAUUUACCAUCUACUGUUUCACCAGGAGUCUAUCAAACUGGUUUCGUUUUACCUCCUCAAAAACCUAGCUAUGUUCCUUUUACCCCGAGAGCCAUGCCGGAAGGUGCGGUUUCUCCCAUUACUUUGAAUCAUAGUCCCAAUAGAUCGAUUGAAGAGAGUCCGGUGAUUUCGCCGAACGUUUCGACUAGACAAAUGGAGAUGGAACUGGAUGUGGAAUUAGACACAGCUUAUAAAAGUCAAAGUCCUCGAUUAUCACAAUCACGAUCAAACUUGAAUCAAGAAGAAAAUCCUCAACUACCAGAUUAUCAACCUCAAACUCCUCGACAAACAUAUAUCGCCCAAAGUCCACAAUUAUCAUACACUAAUCAAAGUCCACAGAUGCCAUACCCAGUACAAAGCCCACAAAUGUCAUACCCGAAUCAAAGUCCACAAUCAAUACUCCAAGGAAGUCCGACACUAGCCCAAGCGUAUGAUAUCCCAAUGGAUACACCCGUGCCGUUACCCAGAAGAGCUUCAUACGGUGCUCCACCCCCAGGGGGCAGCAUGGGAAGUGGGCAAAGGUUGGCGAUGAGCUCUUUGACCAACAGUCUGUCGUCUCGUGUCGGGCGUCAGAAAGAGAAUGUAUCCGGACAUCUCGAGAGAAAUUCGGAAUCACAAAGAAUGGGAGCCGCAUAUGGAGAAACAGGUAUGGAUCAAGGAGGUGUAGGAAAGGAACAAGGAUCCGCAAGAAUAGGACAAGAUAACACAGAAAAGGGGGGAGAGAAUAUUGGGGAUGGAGGAAGAGAAGAAGGUAUGACGAGAGGAAAAGAGAAAAGUCCAAGAAUCAUUCAUGCCAGAAGAGCUACCCUCGCUAGUCCUUACUCCACUAUCAAACGUCCAGGAGUGUAUAGCACACAAUCAGAAGUGGACGUGAGAAGAAAGCCGGAUAUCGUUUGGGGAGCAGCGCAAUCACUUCCUGGUCAAUUGCAAAGACAACUCGGUCAAGAUGAUUCUCUUCAGAUGCGACACAAUGAGGAUUUGGUUGAUCAGACAUAUUCAGAUCAAUUCGGGGAGGAUCAAAGACGACAUCACUCACAAGGACAAAUAGGACAAGGAGUUCAGGAUCAAUUCCGAUCCCCUAUAAUCAAAGAUUCCAAUCAUUCUCAUUCUAUAUCUCCUCAACUUAACCCUCCAUCAUUCUCUAUCCCAUCUAAACCUUCCACCCCUCACAGAACCGAGAGAACCUUUUGGUCAGUCGACCGACCAUCAUCUCAGGCAAAUCAUAGAUUGUGGAAACCUCCUGUGUCAGACCAACCCAACGAAGAAUGGAAAACAUCCCAAGAUCAGACAGAACAAUGGACAAGGGACAAUCAUCGACAAAAUCCUCAGGAGAUGAUCGUCAGAGAUGGGGAAGUAGAUAAAGAAGAAGAGAGGGAAAGGUUGGAUCAAAGAUGGUCAACUAGACAAAGUCCAGGUUUACCCAGUGCAGAUUUAGAAGGUUUGGGACAUCCUUUUGAAGGUAUGUUUGAGGAUGAAGCGAUGAGUAUGACAGCUGGACCAUGA